UCUUCCGCUAUUUGCUUCCGUCGAAACUUUUGAAACCGAAUUGAGCAAAAGAGCUUGAGACAAUGUCACAAGGAUGGUUUUCGCUAGGCGGGAGUACCAGCGCAGAUCAGAAGCAGCCGGAGCAGCAGAAAUCAGGUUCGUCUCUGCUCGCGGAUUGGAACUCUUACGCGGCGACGAGAGAUGUGGAGGAAGGUGGCGGCGGUAGCGGAAGCUUUGGAUUCGACAUCGAAUCCGCCGUUAGAUCUGCCAACGACACUGUUUCCGGCACCUUCAGUGUGGUUUCGAAGGGAGUUAGAGAUAUUCCGGGGAACUUGUCGUCAGCAACAAGCAGUAUGCCAUCAGGGAAAGCCUUGAUGUAUUUCGGUUUGCUUCUCGCCAGUGGUGUAUUCUUCAUCUUCAUUGCCUUCACUAUGUUUCUUCCAGUCAUGGUGCUUAUGCCGCAGAAAUUUGCCAUUUGUUUCACCCUUGGAUGCGGAUUUAUCAUCGGAUCAUUCUUCGCUCUUCGUGGCCCACAGAAUCAGCUCGCGCACAUGUCAUCCAUGGAGAGGCUUCCUUUAACAAUAGGUUUCAUUGCCACCAUGGUUGGUACCAUAUACGUCUCCAUGGUUCUUCACAGCUACAUUCUCUCCGUGGUCUUCUCCGUGUUGCAGGUUCUUGCGUUGGUUUACUACUGUAUAUCCUACUUCCCUGGAGGAUCAUCCGGCAUGAGGUUCCUAAGUUCUGCUCUUACCUCAUCUGUUCUAAGAGUUUUUGGGAGAUGAGCUUUUCGUGGCCAAUUUGGGAGAAAGAACAAAACUUUACUUCUCGGGUGAAUAGAGUUUUUCGAAAAGACAAUAUGAUCUUGCAAGAGAUGUUAAAGGAAGAACCCAACUGACGCUAUCACUCUUCUUCUUCUUCUUUUUAUCAUGUUGUUGCUGUUUAUUACUGGUGAGCAUAUAUAUAAAUGUUUAGUUUCUUGUUGCAAUUAACUUUUAGAUAUUCCAGUCCCAAUUAAAAUCGAGUGAUCACAA